AUGUUGCGAUCGAAUGUUGAUUCUCUAGAAAAACAAUAUGCAAAAGCUAGACGGAUGACUGCUCUGUUGUACAACAAAAUUAUACAGUCUUCAGGAAUCUUGUCUGAUCAUAUAUCCAUCCAAGACCAGUACGAGAAAAUAAUAAUUGAAAUCAGUUGGUUCGUCUCAUCAUUCCUAAAUACGGCCCCAAAAGGGAGGCCAAAAGAACAACAUCAACGACGCCAAAGAGACGUGUCUUUGAGUAGGAUUUGGGAUGAGAAUUUGGGUGAUCACGAAAAGGAGUGUAGAUGCAUGGCGGCCAUCUUCGAAUUCUUGAAUGACGAAAUCGUUUUGAAGCCGGCAUUUGGUCUUGAAGACGAGAACGAUGGGGCCAUAGAAAAAGGACUUGCUGAGUUUGAAAAAAAAUUACAAGCUUGUCCUGAAGAAAGCCUUGGAUUUGUUCUCAAAAAUAAUUGA